AUGGAGACGCCUAAAUUCUACUUCGUAUUUAUCAAGCCUCUUGAAUCAACACACCCAAUACAGAAGAUUGAUGAUUUUGAACGCCCAAUACAGAAGAUUGAUGAUUUUGUGUACUGGAAAUAUACUCGGGAUGGGUCGUUCUCGACCAAAUCUGCUUAUACAACCCUCCUGUCUCAGCAAUUUUCCCUUCAGAGUACUUCUACUGAUUCUUCAUGGUGGAAACGUUUAUGGGGUCUGUCUAUUCUUCCAAAGUGGAAAUUGCUAGCUUGGAAGGUCUUACAUAAUGCUCUUCCGACAGCAGAGGUUCUUGCUCUUAAGGGCAUUCCGAUUGAUACCACAUGUGUGUUUUGUCAUGUCUCUUCGGAGUCCGUGGGACAUCUAUUUCGGGAUUGUCCUUUCUCUAGUAGUUUAUGGGAUUCCAUGGACUGGGGGUCGCUCCCUAAGCCUGAUACUUCUUUUCCUUUUUCUGCUUGGUUCUCUGGCAUUAUUUCCAGCUUUGCGAAGGCUAAGCAUUGGCUUGCUUUGGAUUGUUUUUUUGGGAUUUGCUGGGCCAUUUGGCUUACUAGGAAUAAUGUUCGGUUUCGAUCGGCGGUUUAUUCCCCUCAUUUUGUCUUGGAUCUUGCUUGGGAAUGGUCCACUAGAAGUGGUAAGGCUCGUGAGUUUUCUAGCUGUUCUACUAGUGUUCCCCCUGGGUUUUCUGCUCCCUCUGAGAGACUGGUGUUACGAGGUGGUCCUAACAUGUUAUGUGAAGUUUCUAUGCUCUUUGAUGGUGCCUGGGAUCGACAGAAUCAUAAUGCAGGUGCGGGUUGGUGUUUCUUGGAUCCCUCUUUUUCCCACUGCAUUAGGGGUGGAGCUCGGGCCUGUAUGGCUAGUUCUGCUCUUCAUUCUGAACUGCAGGCUUGUCUUUUCGGUCUUAAGCAUGCUCGACAUCGGGGUUUCUCGAGCAUUUACCUGUUCACAGACUGCAUGUCUAUUCCUCGGUUGAUCCAGGAUUUUAGAACUGCUGAUAUUUCGGUAAUGUGGACAAUUCAGGAAAUCCGGGAUGUUAUCUCCUCCUUCUCAACGUGUCAUGUUCAGAAGGUUUCUAGGACAUCGGUUGCUGAGGCUCACUCUCUUGCUGGUGCAGCUAGGCGUAGAAUUUUACUUCAUUUCACUUUUUAA